CGACGCGGCGGGCCAUCUGAGGGACACGGGGGCGGGGAAGGGAAGAAGAGAAGAGUUCUGGGCUUUUCCAUCCGUCCCGGGUCUCGCGGGGCGACUGUCGCCUACCCUUUCGCCCCCUGCCCAGAGGCGAUGGCUUCCAAACUCCUUCGGGCCGUCAUCCUGGGUCCCCCGGGCUCGGGCAAAGGGACCGUGUGCCAGAGAAUCGCCGAAAGCUUUGGGCUCCAGCAUCUUUCCAGCGGCCACUUCCUUCGGGAGAACAUCAGGACAGACACGGAAUUUGGUAUUCUGGCCAAGCAGUACAUACAACAAGGUCUCUUGAUUCCUGAUCACGUGAUAACACGUCUAAUGAUGACGGAACUGGAGUCAAGACGGGUCCAGCCAUGGUUGCUUGAUGGCUUUCCUCGAACGUUAACACAGGCUGAAGCGCUGGACAAAAUCUGCCAGCCGGACCUCGUGAUCAGCUUGAACAUUCCAUUCGAGACGCUCAAGGACCGCCUGAGCCGGAGGUGGAUCCAUCCCCCAAGCGGGAGAGUCUACAACAUGGAGUUCAACCCCCCUCAAGUGCAGGGGGUUGAUGACGUCACCGGAGAGCCGCUGAUCCAGCAGGAGGACGAUAAACCUGAGGCCGUGGCUGCCAAGCUGAGACAGUACAAGGAGGUUGCGAAGCCCGUUAUAGAAUUAUACAAGACCCGAGGUAUCCUCCACUCCUUCUCUGGGACGGAGACCAACAAAAUCUGGCCAUAUGUUUACUCACUGUUUUCCAACAAGAUGGCGUCUAUUGGAGAGAAAAAAGCCUGACAAGCGUAUAGCAUGGAAGAACAGGAGGAUGUGAUUGUUCAUUAAAUUGUGUGUGUCGUAUCGGUGCUGUGUUCAAAUUAGAAGCUAAUCGAGAUCACUCAAAGCGCCUUCCUUGGUUAUCCCAGGGAGUGAUGUCAAAAUGAAUCUGUAUAGAGA